AUGGAUGAUUCAAUAAAGUUGAUCAUACAUAAAGGAACUACAAUUUUUGACAGUUUUAUUAUUACAUCUUCUUCUGUAAUUAGAUACAAUCAAAAAGUGAAAGAGAGGAAAAUUACAGAUCAAAUAGAUCCUAACGUAAAUAGAUACAAUGGACACAGGAUAGAAAAAAUAAAUAAGAUUUGCUUCAAUAAAAAUGCUUAUUUUGUAUCAGCUUAUGUUGUAACAUUAAUGAAUUCAAGAACAUAUCGUACAGCUGCGCUUAACACACUGUUACAAUAUUUAGCACAUAGAGUUCCAGAUAAAAUACAUUCAAAGAUAAUUUUAAUGAAAUUAUGUACACCAAAGAAACAAUUUUUAGAUUACAACUGGAAUACAAGGAUAACACAGAUGAUAUUGGAAAGGAUUGAUGUUGAUCAUACUAUGUCUUGGUUAUCUACUUUAGGUGGAGCAUUUUCAGCUUUAGGAGAAGAAUUCCAAUACUGUGCUGAGAUAGCAGGAAAAAUUUCUGUAAAGCAGUUUGACUUAGCACUGCGUCUUGGAGAUCCUCUUUUAGUUGCUCGUUGUAAAUUAUAUGCUGCUUUAAGUUUAAUCCAACAAGGCCAAUUAAAAGUUCCAAAAAAGUUAGUUAGGAAUAUUUAUACAUUUUCCAUUACCAAACAUGAUGUUCGCUUACAAAACAUGUGUCAAGGUAUAUGGGCUAAACUGAAAUAUUGCUAUAAAAAACGAAAAGAAUGGCAUAAACGUUUUUAGUUCUUUAUGCCACUACACAUUGCAAUUAGUC